AUGGCACGCUCGUAUUGGAAAAUAGGCAAGAAUCAGUCCGAUAAGGUCCUCAUCGAUCUCGAUAAGAACCCCGAUCGAUUUGGGAAAAGUUCCAGGCAGUCGAAGCUGCUGUGGGGCUGGUGCCUGAGACCUGGGGUUGUCACAACCAAUCAACGUCCAGCGGAUGUGAAAAAGCUCGUGGAAGGUCAGGGCGCAAAAUUCUGCACUACCGUGACAGGUGACUGCACACAUUUCGUGACUACCCAGAGAGAGGUGGAUAACAACAAUUCCAAAUAUAAACAAGCUUGCAAUGUCUACGAUUGCAAUAUUGUCUCUAUCGAUUGGCUUCUGGAGUCUAUAGACGCGAAAAAGCCAAUUCCUGAAAAGCCUUACUUGCUCAACAGGAAGGAUGCAAAGUCAGAUGAUAAGAAAGACGAUGAGAAAAAUGACAAGAAAGAGAAGAAGAAACGUACACUCGAAGAAGCGCUCGAUGUCAGCGAGGAGAGUUCCAACAAAAAGGCCAAAGACGCCCAGAAAUUGGGUUCCAAGACCUUGAAUGUUCCUGUUGACGAGGGAUGUUAUCUCUCAGGCUUCGCAGUGUACAUUGACCCAGCAGGUCUGAUCUGGGAUGCUACUCUCAACCAGACUGUUUCUGCCAAUAACGCUAACAAAUUCUACCGCAUUCAACUGUUGGUUGACAGAUCCGGGACUAACUUUAAAACUUGGACCCGAUGGGGCCGCGUGGGCGAGACUGGCCAACAUGGUCUCUUGGGAAGUGGUGCUCUUUCUGAGGCACAGCUUCAGUUCCAGAAGAAAUUCAAAGACAAAUCAGGUCUAUCAUGGGACGACAGACUCGACCCUCCGAAGAAGGGCAAAUAUACUUUCAUCGAACGCAACUAUGAAGAAGACUCAGAUGAAGAAGAUGGUGACGAUAAGGGAACGGCGAAAAAGAACGACGAAGAGAAGCCAGAAGUGAAAAGCGAGCUGCCUGAACAGGUCCAGGAUCUUAUGUCUUUCAUUUUCAAUCCGAGCCAUUUCAUGAAUACAAUGGCUUCCAUGGAUUACGACGCUAAGAAGUUGCCACUUGGGAAGCUGAGCAAGCGAACCCUAAGACAGGGUUUCCUGAAGCUGAAGGAACUCUCCGAGCUCAUUGCGGACCCCAAUCUUGCGGCCACUCAAUAUGGCACAACCUACAAUGCAGCUGCGGAGGACCUCAGCAACCAAUACUUUACUACGAUCCCUCACGUGUUCGGCCGUAAUCGACCUCCCGUGUUGAAUUCUGACCAGCAUAUUAAGAAGGAGAUUGAGCUUCUCGAGGCCUUGACAGACAUGGAAGUUGCAAAUGGUAUCAUGAAAGAGUCGAAGGACGCCGACACAAUCCACCAGCUGGAUCGCCAGUUCCAGAGCCUCAAGAUGCAAGAGAUGACUCCUUUGGACCACUCUUCUACCGAAUUCAUCGAGCUGGAGAAUUACCUUAACCAGUCGCGCGCCUCUACUCAUCAUUUCCGUUACAACGUCGUCAAUAUCUUCCGCAUUGAGCGUGAUGGUGAAAAUGAUCGAUUCAAUUCUUCCAAAUACGGGAAGAUCAAGAACAGCGACCGACGUCUGUUGUGGCAUGGAUCGCGUAGCACCAAUUUUGGUGGUAUCUUGAGCCAGGGUCUGCGCAUUGCACCGCCGGAAGCCCCCGUGAGCGGAUACAUGUUUGGCAAAGGUGUCUACUUUGCGGACAUGUCCAGCAAAUCCGCCAACUACUGCUGCUCCUACAACAGCGGCGGUAUGGCUUUGCUUCUGCUUUGCGAUGUUGAACUCGGAGACCCCAUGCUGGAGUUGGAUCACAGCAACUACAACGCUGGAGAAGAUGCCAAGAGGGACGGCAAGAUUGCGACUCUCGGUAAGGGUAGGACUGUCCCGGCAGCUUGGAAGGAUGCUGGGUCUGUCAAUCCUCAGCUGCAAGGGGUGAAAAUGCCAGAUGUCUCUGCCUCAUCCAAGAGUGCGAACGCCCAGUCACUGAUGUACAACGAGUACAUUGUGUACGAUGUUGCUCAGAUCCGCCAGAAAUACCUAUUCCAGGUGCACAUGAGAUAA